AUGUCGAAACCACAGAAUAUCAAAGAGAAAGAGGAAGCGUUAUUCAAGUUAUUGGAUCAAUGGAAAGGUUUGACAGGUUUCGAUUCUGUCAUGUUCAAAUAUCUAAAGAUGGAAUCUAUCGAUCACGAAAAGAACUCCAUUAUAAUGUCUAUGACAGUACCACAGGAAUUGUGUAAUGUUUUAUCGACUCUGCACGGUGGUGCGAUGGCAACUCUAGUUGAUAUUGUCAGUUCGAUUGCAAUCAUUAGUACAGACCCAAGUAAUAUGCCACCAAGCGUCAGUGUCGAUCUAUCUAUAAGUUAUGCAGCGACAGCACCUCUCGGCGAAACCAUUACAAUCGAAUCACUAGUUUAUAAAAUAGGAAAGAACUUAGCAUUCUCAGAUACAACCAUUUACAAUUCAAAGAAGAAAAAAAUAACUCAAAAACAUAAAGAUAAGAUAUUCGCGAAUACAUAG